CGUUGUCUCUGAGCGGUUGCCGAGGUGGCGACGCGGAACGUAGGGGCUUUAUCUUACGGCUUUCCUGGAGGUGUUGCGCCUCCUCUGCCGCCUUCCUCUUCAGACCGCCUUUUUCCCCCGCCAGUUCACGGGCUCCGUCAUGGCGACCCGCAGUCCCAGCAUCGUGAUUGGCGAUGAUGAACCAGGCUAUGACCUGGAUUUAUUUUGUAUACCUAAACAUUAUGCCGAGGAUUUGGAGAAAGUGUUUAUUCCUCAUGGACUGAUUAUGGACAGGACUGAAAGACUUGCUCGAGAUGUCAUGAAAGAGAUGGGAGGCCAUCACAUUGUGGCCCUCUGUGUGCUCAAGGGGGGCUAUAAAUUCUUUGCUGACCUACUGGAUUACAUUAAAUCACUGAAUAGAAAUACUGAUAGAUCCAUUCCUAUGACUGUAGAUUUUAUAAGAUUGAAGAGCUAUUGUAAUGAUCAGUCAACAGGGGACAUAAAAGUUAUUGGUGGAGAUGAUCUCUCAGCUUUAACUGGAAAGAAUGUCUUGAUUGUUGAAGAUAUAAUUGACACUGGUAAAACAAUGCAAACUUUGCUUUCCUUGGUCCAGAAGUACAGUCCCAAAAUGGUUAAGGUUGCAAGCUUGCUGGUGAAAAGGACUCCUCGAAGUGUUGGAUACAGGCCAGACUUUGUUGGAUUUGAAAUUCCAGACAAGUUUGUUGUUGGAUAUGCCCUUGACUAUAAUGAGUACUUCAGGGAUUUGAAUCAUGUUUGUGUCAUUAGUGAAAGUGGAAAAGCCAAAUACAAAGCCUAAGACAAGAGUGCAAGUUGAAUCUUCAAACACGAGGAGUCCCGUUGAUGUUGCCAGUAAAUAGCGAGCUUUCUAGUUCUGUGGCCAUCUGCUUACUAAAGCUUUUUGCAUGACCCUUCUGAGAAUUUUAUGUCUGUUUAUUUUUAGAAAUGUAUGUUGCUGAGUUCCUGAACUUUUGAUUUGCACUAUGAGCCUAUAGGCAGACUAUCAGUUCCCUUCGGUAGGAUUAUUGCUUACCUUGUGAGUAAAACAAAUCCCUUAAAUUACCACUAUUAAAUAAUAAUACUGAGAUUGUAUCUGUAAGAAGCAUUUAAAGAGAAGAUAUAUUAGUUUUUUAAUUGGUAUUUUAAUUUUUAUAUAUUCAAGAGAGAAUGAUGUGAAUGAAUAUUGUUAAUUAUGCCACCAUGUGUCUAGAACAGUCUGAAGCACUCAGUUUCAUGUCAGUAACAGUAAUCUAAGAGGUUUUGCUCAGUGAAAUAAACACAUUUUAGCCGUGUUUGCUGUAUUUUCCCACUUGAAUUAUUUCAGUGAAUCUUUGUCAACAGUUUCUUUUAAAUGCAAAUCAAUAAAAAUAUAAAAUUUUA